UCGAGAUAUGGUCACACAGGAAGGCAAUUAGAUUAGACAGACGCAUUUUUUGUACAACAGAAAAGAUAGCUAUAAAAUAUAGAUAUAAUGCGUGAUAGACGAGACAGGGAACGUGAUCGAGAUAGAGAUCGGGACAGGAUUAGGGACCGUGAUCGAGACCGCGACAGGAAUCGUGACAGAGACAGAGAUCGAGACCGAGAGAGGGAGAGGGAACGAGAACGUUAUCGGUCCAAAUCGAAAUCUCCCUCACGCAGCAGCAGAAACAGAUCUAAAUCGAAAAAGAAGAAAUCCAAGAAAUCAAAAAAAUAUCGACACAGCCGCAGCAGCAGCCGUAGCACAUCCCGCAGCACAACACCAGAGAGUUCACGCAGCAGCUCUAGGAGUCGUCAAAGUAAAAGCCGGGAAUAUGACUCUCGAAAAUCAAAAUCCAGAUCGGAAUCGCAGCGCACAACAAGAGCUCCUAGUUCAGAGAGCACUUCUCGGCAGGCCACGACUACAUCGACAUCUACUGUUGUUAAACCCAUAGACUUGCUGGAUGUCAAGGUCCAGAAGGCACUGGAAACUAUAGACGAGGAUGCAUUCAAGCCGACAGCAUUCUUUAGCACACGAGAUCGUGAGGCACCCGAGAAGGAGAAAGUGAUUAUCGAUCUAAAUAAACAAACUGUUAUUGUGCCCAAACCCAUAGAAGCACAACCCCUCAAUGAAGACGAAAUUUUUCAUCCAAAUUUUUUGGGCGAUUCUGAAGUGAAAGCAGAGAAGUGGCUGCGAAAACUAUACAAUUAUCGACGAAAGUACAUUUAGUGUUUAGCCGCUCAACUUGUAUUUAAUUGGUAUAGCAUAUUAAAUGAAUCGCUUAAGACUAUUACUAAAAUAUAUCACUCCCCGUUUUACGAGCUCGUUGCAAUGCUUCCUGCGGCGUAAGUUGCUCAUUGGGCGAGGGUUCCGCUGCAUUGCCAUCGGCCUGCAGCUUACCGGCUUUGAAAUCUUCGAUAAUCUUCUGUGAGUAUACAGCAUUGAAGAGAUCCAGACUGGUGAACUCAGAUUGUACUACUUCAGGCGCCUUGUAUGAUACAUAUGGCUUCAAUUUGCAGCCUGUAAGAUCUGGUACAAUGAUGUCGGGAAUUUUCUCUUGAAUCUCUACAUAUUGCCCGUUCACUGUGAUGCCUGUGUCACGAACGCCACGUUUAUGAAUGGCCACCGGCGGAUUAGCAAGCGUUUGCUGGGCUUCCUUGACCACACGUGUUCCACGUUUGCCGUAGACAUUAAAUUUACGGAAGUUACGCUUUCCGGCCAAUUGCGCUGUUGUGCUGAUGGUGCGCUGUUGGCUCUUGAGAGCCAG